UCUUGUAUACCCAAGAGAACCAACACCAUCAGCCAUUUGUUUCUUCUUCUCGAGUCUGGUCGGACGGCGAGACUGUUUUUUGCAUCAGUCUCGUACGUCCAUGUCACCAGUAAACAAGACUACCCUGAGAGUUUUAAAUUUUGGAAGGUGUUUGCAACACAGCUAUCGAUAGUGAUUUAAUUGUUUAUCAACUGUGUUUCGUACGUAUUAAUAGGGAAACAUAUUUCAUGUCAUUGUAUCAGGCCAAAACGAUGCAAAUUCUCUUCAAACUCAACUGUGUCAUCCUUUUUGCAACUUCGUUGGUUUUGUUGCCCACUCUGUUGGCGGCUUCGUUAUGGAAAACGCAUGUGAGACAGAGAAACGGUCAAGCUGCAAACGACGUCGCAAAUACAAGGGACGAUUACUACGCUGAACAGCAAAAUCAAGUCGUUUAUCUUGACGACAUUGUCGACAAUUCACACGCAGAACUGAAAGUGAAACACAAAGAAUCGUACGUGAAACCGAGCCGAUAUGGCAGCAGCGCCUACCAGCAAUCGGUUGCCGACACGAGUCAACACCACGCCGAUUACGCGUCGGAUGUCGAUUACACUGUUAAAAAAACGUACUUUUUCCGGUAAUUAACCCCCCCUAAAAUCGGUAGUUUUACCUAAAAACGGUGGUUUUCAAUUUUUACGAAAAAAAAGGUGAUUUUUCACCCGAAAUAAACAAUGUGGGUUUUACACACCAGAUAACGGGGUUGUCGCAUCAGACAAUGGUGUUCGCGAACUAAUAAAUGGUGCAGCUACCCCGAAAAGUGGCGCUGUUAAUUGUUUAUAUGGCGCCCUAAUUGUCAAUAAUCACCAAAACCAUAUUUCACUGUAUGGCAACGUCAAUGUGUUCAACUAUAACCUACGGGAAUUCUUGAAAAUCAGUCGGCCAUUGAUAGCUACACUGUCUACAUGCUUUCAUUGUCCAACCUAAAGUUCAGUUUUCUAUUUAAAACGUGGAAAGUAACUCUCAGUAACCCUAAAAAUGGUAGAUUCAGAUCGUAAAAAUGUAAUUGUAGUGCUUGAAUCUAAAGGAGACGAGGGUUCAGAUGAUAAUUUUGAGAUUGGUUUUUCUAAUGAAAAUGGAAAGUAUUCAGAUCUUGCUUUGAUAAAAAAAAAAUUGAUU